GAUGAGGUAAUUUAACGAACGGCAAAUUCAGGUUAAUCCUUUAGAUUGUUGUAAUUCGCACAUCUAAGGGCACGCCAGUCUUUUCACAUUACUUUUGUAAGGAUGUUCUAGUCUUUUCCGUCUGCUGAUUUGUAAAUAUUUCCACGUAGUAUAUGCCAGGUAAUUGACUCCGUAUGUUUCCACAUAAACGGUUUUCCUCCAAACAGUCGUUAACAUCAUUACCGACAUCAUUCGCCGUUAGGGUUAGUCAUAAGUUCGUCUGCUCUUUGUUGUACCUGAAUCGAAUCCAAAUUACAUAUCUAGUGUUGUAGUAAUUGUUGUUUAUAUCACAGGUUUGAAGCAAUUAUUCUAUUUUUCACUGUUUUGAAGGAAUUUUUGUUUAUAUCACCGAGGUAUGGAUCCGAUCCUAAGCCUUUAAUUGAUGCUUCGCAAAAUGUAUGGAAAGGGUAUGUGAUUGUUAUGGUCAAAGGAUUAUCUAAUCAUGCUCAGUCAUUGACAGCAUCACGAUGGUUAAGCGAUACCGAAACCAGAACGGCGGUCAUGAAGCUGAAGCCAUAUCGGGCGAUCAAAAUUAUGUGAAUACAGAGUCGGUGGACGAUAGUUAGGGAUUCCUGUGACUGUUGAAAUGUUGGACAAGUUGAAGGAGCGUUUUGAAGAGCACCAAGAAGAAGAAUUCAAGACUUUGUUCUUGAUUAUUGCACUUCAAAUGGUUUUAUGUCCAACGCAAUCAUCCAGACUUGCCUAUGAUCUAUUACCUGCUGUUAGUUGUGCGAUGGAUAGCAUUGACUAUGAUUGGUGUGACUUGGUACUUACAAAAUUCAUGGACAAUGUAUCCAGCUUUGCAAGAAGAUUUUAUGCAAAUGGAUUUGCAGGAGGGUGCGGUGGAUGCUCAAUAUUUGGGGUUAUAUUCUACCUAGACCGACUCAAUCUGGAACCCUUGAAAUGGGAUACAUUCCCCAGAAUUAAGGCCUGGGGCAUGAAGCAGAUAGGGGACGUAGCAAAGUUAGACCGUUACACCUCCGAUGAUUAUGGCAAACUAGGGAUGUUGCUUAUGGUGAAAGACACCCUAAACAAGCUAGGGACACGGAAGGACUGCCCGAACUGCCAAUGUACAAAGACGUCUCAAAACUGGUAGUACAUUGUUGAGAUAGAAGAAGGCUGGCUGACUUGUGUUCUUAUCGUGGGAUUUCGAAUACCGUAAACGCGAAAAAGGCACCCACCGAGGAAGGAGAAUGAGAGGCAUAUGUGUAGUUAGUCUAAUAUGAACGAUUGCUGUAGCAUUACUAGUGUAUCUUAAUAUCAAUUGCAAAACGUUAUAUAUGGUGUUUGGGUUUUCAA